UAGUUAUUUUUGAAACCAACCCGUCUGUUGAAGCGGUAACGAUUGCGACUUUCCCUUGUAGCCUGGAACAUUUCGACGUCGUCAUCGACACCGCAGACGUCACAAACGUUCGUCGACCAGCACUUGUUAGGCGUAACAUUUUCGAUUUCAAAGAUGGUGAAUAAUGACCCAGGAGCAACCACCUCCAAAAAUGAGAAUGACAUACACCUCACACUCUAUUAUCAUCGGUACUCAUUUUAUUCGCAAAAGGUUCUCCUUGCACUUUAUGAGAAAAAACUUGAAUUCAAAAAGAGGGAGGUAGAUAUAACUCGAGGAGAGCAAUAUGGCUCUUGGUUUCUGGGUUUGAACCCGCGUGGAGAAGUACCAGUACUACAAGACGGGGAUAAAAUAAUUCCAGAAUCUGUGAGGAUAAUAGAUUAUCUCGAGGAUCAUUUCAACGGUGAUAAUGUUUCAGCAUUGGUACCCUCGGAUGUUUCAAAAAAGCAAAAAGUCCUCGAGCUCCGUAGAAUUCUUGAUCAACUUCCUGGGAAUGUUCUAACCAUUGGUUCUUUCCAUCAUAAAAGAUUCGUCGAUAAACCAAAAUUACCAUUCAUUGGACCUGUCAGAUGGCUACUUUCACGCGCAGAAGAAAAAAGUGCUGAAACACUACGUAUUAAUGCUGAAAAAAUUCCUGCUGCUAGGGAAGUACUUUUGAGAAAAGCUGCAGCUCAAGAAAAGACGCAUGAAAUCGUUGAGGAUAAUGAAAAAUUUGAAACAGCUUUAACACAGGUAGACAAGGCUCUUGGUAACGUCGAAGACGCUCUUAAAAAUGGACCUUGGAUAGGUGGCGAACAAUUCACAGUUGCCGAUGUUUCUCUAGCUGUUUUAUUAGAAAGGAUGUCAGGACUUGGUUUGGACUCACGGCUCUGGGGUGAGAGAGAAGAAAUUAAAAAUUAUUACGAACGAUUACAACAACGAGAAAGCUUCAAGGCUGCUAUUCCUAGGGGAUGGUCACCCCUUAUUUCACUUAUACAGUGGCAGGCUCCUGCAGCUGUUACUGCAAUUUUUUCCGCUGUGAUAGCCGGACUUUUGAUAUUCAGAAGAAGGCAUUAGAAAUUAACUUCGAGAAAGUAUUAUUGUUGGUAUCAUACGCACAACAAGGUGCUAAGGCAAAAAAUAACUAGGUGAUGUAGACUUGUAUUAAUUAUGUAGACGUUAAUAAAUAAUUGAAUAUUUUCCAGAAA